UGGCGCAGGAUAGCUUUCCCUUCUUAUAAAAUUUUUAUCCUUCUCCCUGGAUGCGUGAUACUCCACCUUCCAAAUCUCCCCGCCUGUUUCUUCUUUACUUCUUUCUUUUUUCAUUUUUUUUUCAAUUUCUUUUCUUCUUUCUUUCCCUCUUUUAAUUUUCCGUUAGUUAUUGAUCGUUAGGGUUCUAAGCUACAGUGGUUUACCCGGCGUUCGCCCUUCUUCCUUGGAUCGAUUAUAUUGUCCAUCAGUUUUAUCAUUAAUAUUUCUCAAUCUUCUAUAUGGAUUGGAAUUUUGGAACUUUGAGCUAUUACUGAAUCACAUUUGGAUCAAAUUUAAAUGAUCAUAUUGUGAAAUGGAAAGUCCUUUCGGCCUGCUACUCAAUGAAAAGCGUAUGAGGUAUUGGGGGUUUCUAGGGUUUAGACUGAUUUGGAAAUCAAAAUUGCAUUCAGGAAGUUAACCCUCAGGAGAAGGUUUACCCUCACUGCCCGCGAAGGAUGGAUUUCCCAUGCCAGACCACGGAAUGGUAUCGUCCAUAGGGCUCAUAAUGAUCAGAGAGGAGGGAGAAAAUGAAUAAAAGGACCCUGUGAGGGAGCAUAUCUUAAGCAGACAGCGUAUUAUAUCUGAAAUCUGAUCUCUCUUUGUGGAAAGAAUGUCAGAAGGAACAAGCCUGAUGGUGGAAACUUCUGAAAAUGGCACAGAUUUGUCUCCAGAUGAUAUUGGCACCAUUGAGGAAAUUCCUGAAGACACAAUUUUGUCACGACAAACUUCUGUUAACCUCGUUCCAUUUAUUGGCCAACGAUUUGUUUCUCAAGAUGCUGCGUAUGAAUUUUAUUGCAGUUUUGCAAAGCAAUGUGGUUUUUCAAUCAGGCGUCAUCGUACUCGAGGGAAAGAUGGGGUUGGUAGGGGAAUUACGAGGAGAGAUUUCACCUGCCAUCGUGGUGGCUAUCCUCAGAUCAAGCCAUCUGAUGAUGGGAAGCUUCAAAGGAAUCGGAAAUCAUCACGAUGUGGGUGUCAGGCAUAUAUGCGAAUUGUUAAAAGGGCAGAUUUUGAUGUCCCUGAAUGGCGUAUUACAGGCUUUAGCAAUGCCCACAACCAUGAACUGCUGAAAUCAAAUGAAGUGCGUCUCCUUCCAGCGUAUUGCACCAUAUCUGCAGACGACAAGAGUCGCAUUUGCAUGUUUGCAAAAGCUGGGAUGUCAGUGCGACAAAUGUUGAGAUUGAUGGAGUUAGAGAAAGGUCUUAAGAUAGGUGGUUUGCCAUUUACUGAGGUAGAUGUGAGGAAUCUAUUACAGUCCUUUAGAAAUGUGGAUCGGGACAGUGAUGCUAUAGAUCUUCUUGCGAUGUGCAAGAAGAUCAAGGAUGAAGAUCCUGAUUUCCAGUAUGACUUCAUGAUAGAUGCGCAUAACAGGUUGGAGCAUAUUGGCUGGUCCUAUGCGUCGUCAAUCCGAUCGUAUGAAGCCUUUGGAGAUGCUGUGGUUUUUGACACAACCCACCGUUUGGAUGCCUAUGAUAUGCUUCUUGGGAUUUGGAUUGGAGUGGACAAUCAUGGCAUGAACUGUUUUUUUGGUUGUGUGCUUCUACGGGAUGAAAAUAUCCAAUCUUUUUCCUGGGCAUUGAAGGCAUUUUUGGGCUUCAUGAAAGGAAAGGCUCCACAAACAAUCUUGACAGACCAAAACAUGUGGCUGAAAGAGGCAAUUGCCAUUGAAAUGCCCAGUACAAAACAUGCCUUCUGCAUUUGGCACAUCAUUUCUAAGUUCUCAGAUUGGUUUCCUGUACUGCUUGGGUCAGAAUAUGAUAAUUGGAAAGCGGAGUUUCAUCGACUCUAUAAUUUGGACAUGGUGGAGGAAUUUGAAGUAGGAUGGAGGGAAAUGGUUGAUGCAUAUGGUCUUCAUGCAAAUAAGCACAUUGUCAGCUUAUAUGCAUUAAGGACGUUUUGGGCGUUACCAUUUUUGAGGAGUUACUUCUUUGCGGGAAUGACAAGUACAUUCCACUCAGAGUUAAUUAAUGCUUUCAUCCAACGGUUUUUGAGUGCACAGGCUCAACUUGAUCAUUUUGUAGAACAAGUGGCUGCUGCUGUUGAUUUUAGAGAUCAAACAGGUGUGAAACCAAAGAUGCAGCAGAAGCUCCACAAAGUCUGCCUUAAGACUGGAUCACCAAUUGAAUCACAUGCAGCUACCGUUCUUACACCUUAUGCCUUUUGCAAACUCCAAGAAGAGCUUGUGUUGGCUCCGCAGUAUGCCUCACUUCAAAUUGAAGAUGGUUGUUUCAUCGUGAGACACCAUACCCAAAUGGAUGGGGGGUGUAAAGUGAUUUGGGUCCGUCGUGAAGAGCUCAUCAACUGCAGCUGUCAUCAGUUUGAGUUUUCAGGCAUUCUUUGUAGACAUGUUCUCCGUGUCUUGUCAACAAAUAACUGUUUUCACAUUCCAGAACAGUAUUUACCUAUCCGUUGGCGUAGUGUCAGUUCAUCUUCCUCAAAGGUCUUCCGAACCUCUAGUCCAAGGGAUCAUGCGGGGAAAGUUCAGUUAUUGCAGUCCAUGAUUUCAACACUCGUGACAGAAUCAGUUGAAACAGAGGAACAGCUUGAUGUUGCUUAUGAGCACGUUGCCAUGGUGUUGUCACGCAUUAAAGAAUUUCCUCAGUCAUCACAUUGCAUGAAUGAUAUUGCCUAUGAUAGUCCAUCUGACUCAAUGAUUCUACCAGAGGUAGAAGAUUCUGAUGGAAUUGUCCAUAGUUUUACUGCUGGAAAUCCCCAUGACUCUAUUGACAGUUUGGGAAAGUUAAAAGAAAGAAGACCCAGAGAUGGAAUUGACAUUUCUCGGAAACGAAGGCGCUGUUCUGUGCCUUGCUGUGGGCAGUUUGGGCAUGAUGCAAUUGAUUGUCCAAUGAUGGGAGGUGAUGGUUUAAACGGAGACGGGCUAGGGUUCAUGUAGAGUAACAUUUUGAAGGUGGUGUGUAUCUGUAAAGAUAUGGCGAGUUAAAAUGUUGAUACACCAUUAGCAAUCAUUUUUCAAUCUAUCUCAAUCCAAUGGUAUGGAAUUUUCUGGGCACAA